AGCAACAGAACAAGGAGAGAUUUCUACCGAUGUGUAAUGAUGAGCCUGCUUUUAAAGAUACUCGGCUUCUUGUCUCUGUGUUUAGGUGUGCAGUGUGUCCAUCAGGUGUCAUGGCUGCCCUGUCAGUUCACUGAUGAACAUGUGUUUGUGAAUAACGAGGGUCACACGGAGACUCAGCUCAUCCACAGAGACGCUAUGCUGCAGUUUGGUCAAAAAGGAGACGCUCCAGUUAAUCCAUAUGCCAUCACUUUCCUGAUUACUGGAUCUAAGUUGGACCUGCGGCGGCACGUUGAAGGAGUGGAAGCGGAGCAGUUGGAGUGUGAGCUGCAUCGGUACAGUACAGAGGGCAACUAUGUCCGCUGGCCAGUCCAGGAGGGGGCCCAGGAGUACAACUACUGGUUUAUCUGCACCCUCAGAGACACCAAGGGCCUGUUCACAGUCACCAGCUUCCUCAGACACCCCUCUGACCAGCCCGCCCCAGGACAGCAGGACUACCGUAAAUGGCCUGCCAUCGGGGACAGAGACAUACUCAUCACAACAGUCACCAUGGUCGUUAAAACACAGUCUCCAUCAGUGAAAGCGGGUCUGGGCUCCCAACAAAAGCUCCACUGCCAGUUUGCUGUUGACCACAAAGGACCGAACGUCACUGUGGAGUGGCACUUUCAACACCGUGGAGAGAGAACGAGACUCUUCAGUCACACCAGCCGCUCGGGACAGACCCAGGGGACCGGGGUGGGGCUCAGGAGCCUGGCAGGCGGCGAUGCUUCCUACACCCUCCCCUUCACCAAGAUGAGCAGUGAAGGGACGUACAUUUGUUCGGUGUCAGUGAAUCCGCUGUUCGUCAGUCUGGAUUUAAGUCUGCAUAUCGAAGAGCCUCCACGUGUGUCCCUCAACAUCGGACCCACUCUGUCCCUGCAGGAGGGCGGGGAGCAGAGGGUCACGUGUGACGCAGAGAGCUACUACCCUCUGGAUGUGGAGAUAAAGUGGUACGUGCAGGACCCGGCGGCGGUGGGCCAGAGGGUGGGCGCUCCUCUCCCGAGGGAGCUGCAGAACGUUCUGCUGUCCAGCCACAAACACAACCAGGACAAGACCUUCUCGCUGACGUCUUUCUUCUACCUCCAGGCUUCACUCAGGGACUCGGGGAGACAGUUCACAUGCAGCGUCUCCCAUCGGUCCCUGAGAGUGCCCAUCAGAAAGAGCUUCACCCUGACUGUUGAAGAGCCCAGCAGCUGGAUGUUUCACCUCACCGCUGGCUGCACUGUGGUCACGCUGGUGGUCGUUCUGUUGGUGCUGCUGCGUUACCUGCACACAGCAAGAAAAAAAUCAGUGCAGAAGAAGCCAUACUGAGCAGCUCGUGAAGAGUCAAAACACCAGUGAAGGCGGACUGUCCUCCUCCUCCUCCCUCGCUCAUGUUUGUUUUUAGGAUGUCGCAAACGUUUGAUUUUUGUUUGUUUCAAGGUGAAUUUGGGUUUCUGUGAAACUGAAGGUGUUUUAUUAUGUAUAUUUUGAUCCUGCUAAAUACUUGACGUUGACACAAGUGAUCGGCCAACUGGAUGAACAGCAGUCUGCAACAAUCCAAGUGUUAGCAGUUUUUGACUAUUACACUGUAAAAUCUGACAAGUUGAUCUUACUUCAAAUAAUCUUGGAAACAAGUUACCCUGAAGAGGGAAAGUAAAUUAAAUCAUGAAUCUUAAUUUAUGUUUAUUUGAUAUAGAAGUUUUAAGUUUAUUUUAAAUUUAGCUGCGUUUUAUUAGUUUUCUG